AUGGCAUAUCCACCAACCAAUCUUGAUUCAUAUCAAGUUGGAGGUGAAACUAAUACGCUGGAUCCUCCUGAUUAUCAAAUUCAAUCAAUAAAUUAUGGAUCAAUUGCUUCACAAUCACAUUCACAAUCACAAUCACAAUCUCAACCACAACCACCAAAUCAAAAAUUAAAUCCUCAUACUGUAUCAAAUACUGCUAGUCAUCAACAUAAACAAGAACAAGAAUUAUUAUCAAGUUAUACUGUCCCGAAUCCUCCUGUUUCUACAAAACAAUCAACAAAUGCUAUAAUGACCGAACAACAACAACAACAACAACAACUGCAACUGCAACAAGAAAAUAUAUCAAAUACUACCACUUCAACAGAUCAACCAAGGACAUUAUGGAUGGGAGAUUUAGAUUCAUGGUUAGAUGAACAACAAAUUACAGAUUUAUGGUGGAAUAUUUUACAAAAAAAAGUUGUAGUUAAAAUUAUAAAACCAAAAUCUUUAAAAUUAAGUUAUCAAGGUUUAACAAAUUCUGGUUAUUGUUUUGUUGAAUUUGAAACUUUUGAAGAUGCUCAACAAGCUUUAAGUCUUAAUGGACAAUUAUUACCUGAUAUUGCAAUGCCUUCACAACAACAUUUUCCAAUUAAUCCUGAUAAUCAAAAAAAAUAUUUUAGAUUAAAUUGGGCAAGUGGUGCAACAUUAUCUGCUCCAAUUAUACAAAUGCCUGAAUUUUCAUUAUUUGUUGGUGAUUUAUCAGCUUCAACAACAGAAGCUCAUUUAUUAGCAUUUUUUCAAAAAUCUUUUCCUGAUUCUAUAAAAACAGUAAGAGUUAUGACAGAUCCUAUUUCUGGUAAAUCAAGAUGUUUUGGAUUUGUUAGAUUUACAGAUGAAUUAGAAAGACAAAGAGCUUUAACUGAAAUGAAUGGGAUUUGGUUUGCUGGUAGACCUUUAAGAGUUGCUUUAGCAACACCAAGAAAUAAUAAUAAUCGUAGAUUCAAUAGUAAUAAUCAACAACAACUGCCUUUUUUACAACAUCCAAAUGAAUUUAAUGAAAAUACUAAUAUACCUCCUGAAAUGAUGUUUAUACCUCCUCCAGGAAGUCCACUUUAUGGAUUUUAUAAUCAAUUAAAUAAUCCUAGUGGUUCACAAAGAGAUAUUGAAUCAAAUUAUUUAGAUACUCCUCAAUUACAAAGAUCAUUACAAUUAGGUAUACCUCCACCACAACCAAUUCAACAAUCUCAAAUAUCUCCACCAUUGCCACAACCACCACUACAACCACCACCUCAAUUACAUCAACCUCCACCACUACAACAAUUUUCAGAUCCCAAUAAUACUACAGUUUUCGUUGGUGGAUUAUCAUCAGAAGUUACAGAAGCUACAUUAUUUACCCUUUUUAAACCAUUUGGUAUAAUACAACAAAUUAAAAUUCCACCAGGUAAAAAUUGUGGAUUUGUUAAAUAUUCAACAAGAGAAGAAGCAGAAGAAACUAUUGCUGCAAUGCAAGGGUUUAUUAUAGGUGGGAAUAGAGUUCGAUUAAGUUGGGGUAGAGUAUCAAUGAAUAAUAAAAGGUUUCAACAACCACCUCAACAUCAACAACAAUUUCAACCACAACCAUAUCAUCAUCAACUACCUCCUCAAGUUUUAAGUGGUGGUGCUCCACAAUUGAAUAUUCCACCUCCACCAAUACAUCCAUUAGGUGUUCCAAUACAUCUGUUUCAUCAAUAUCAACCAUUUCAAAGUCAUAUACAACAACAACAACAACAACCACAAUCAUUACAUCAAACAUUACAUCAAUCAUUAUCAUCAGAUGAAGCUGAUUCAGCUGAAACUUCUACAAGUAAACCGCCUGGUGCAGAAGAAAGUGAGUCAUCUUUUGAUACCUCUGUUGUAUAG